AUGACUGCGUGUCACAAGGUGUUCGAUAUCGCAGAGCUGGCCGAGGCCAUCUUCCUGGAGUUACCGAUACGUGAUCAACUCUGUGGCGUCCAGCAAACUUGCCAGCAAUGGAAGGCUAUCAUCGACAACUCGGUCCAGCUGCAGGAAGCAUUGUUCUUCAAACCGGUAGCCGGUCCGCCGAUAGUCUUCCAAAAGUACAGAGGAGCGGGCGAAUGGUACUCUGAAUGGCUCAAGCCCAAUCCCAAAUGCCUCAACGUCGCGGGAGCAACAUGGCGGAAAAGUUUAGUCACUCAGCCUCCUAUCGCCAACCUAUAUGUGUACGUCAGUUCCAGUAUAAUUCUUGAACAUCCGGACAACUACGCUAUCCAAGCUUCGCGCGACUGUUGGAAUGCUACUGGUCUCACCCUAGGCGAUGUCCUCGACUUCGAGCCACAGAGUGAAAGGCAGCUAGCCAACACACACAUGUUCAAGAGGUAUGUUAACGCGUCACAGCUUCGAGGCUUCAAGGGGUCCAAGUCCGCGAAAACACCGAAACGCAUACGCUUGGGGUGGAAGUAUCAUGCUGUGGUAGAUUCUGCCGAUGAUGACACGGAUGAGGAAGAUGACACAGACGAAGGAGAGGACCCAGAUGAGGAUUGCUACGAAGUUGAGAGCGGAAGCGAAGCCACGGAAGGGGAUGAGAAUGAGGUUGCGAGUGAAAGCGAAGCCACGGAAGAGGAAGAGGAUGAGGUUGAUAGUAAAGGCGAAACUACCAAAGAGGAUGAGGAGGAGGGAGCCGAGGUGGAGAUCGGGGAGGAAACCGGUGAUGAGUCCCAAGAUGACGGUAACGACGACGCCAAUGACGAUUCGUGA